UUUCUGACAACAAGUACGGAGUAGUCUGCUUUUUAACCUGCGUGCGUGUUACUUGGGCACUGUCGUUUACCUGACCAAGUGUCUUCAACAGGGAAGACGAAGUUCGGUGCGCAAGCAAUUCAUUUCGUCGUUCUCAUCUCAUAACACCUACAAGAUUUGAUCCUCAACCACCACCAUGGAUCCCCUUUCCCCCACAAAAUGUGAUUCUGGGACUGGGCCAAGUCCAGCUGAAACAAGUGAUCAGUCUCCUCAUCAGCAGAAUCCAGUUGUAGAGCCCUCCUCCCAGCAGCAGGAAGGAGGUGGUUUCAUUGGCAAGAAUUUGAUUACAGAUUCCCUAUCCACCUUAUCAAUCAGUGCUGAACCCUUCAAAUUCACAUCUGAUCGUCCAGCAGCCACCCAGCUGUCUGUAGAAGCAAAAGAAUUUGUUCCAAAAUCAGUUAUUGCUACAUCUUACACUGAGAGCUUCUCACCAUAUGUGGAAGCAGAAUAUCAUGAACAAAUAGAUGUGACGGCAGAUUGUGAAAGGAGUGAUCCACUAUUGGAUUAUGCCUUCCAAGUGUUAUAUGAAAUAACAUAUAGUCCUGGGCAUUUUACAAAUUUGUGUGAUCAGCUUGUGUCCAACUUGAAUAGUUGGCCAGCUUUGGAUGAAAGUGUGCUGCAGAUAUUGGUGGAUGAAAUUAUAAGUCUAGCUAUACGUGAACCCAAUUUCCGGUAUAACGGCGCAAGACUGUGUGAUGCCAUUACUCGAGGACUCCGGGCCUCUGGCAAUUCCAUCGAUUUUCGAAAAAUACUGUUAAACAGCUGUAGAGUUAUCCACGCUGAGCGAAAAAGCCUAAUGCAGAGCGAUGCAGAGUAUUUGAGGGGAUUCGCAUUAUUUAUGAGCGAGCUCUUUGUACACAUGCACAGGGAAGAUGGUUCUGGCAGAUUCGAUCUUUUGGCAGGAGCAGUACGCGAGUUGCUGUUGACACUUCUAGAACAUCCAACACCUGGCAAUGUUAAGUGUCUUUGUCAAAUUCUGAAGUUGUCGGGCUCUUACAUUGAAGACCAUGAUCGCCAAACGCACGAAAGAAAAACCCCCGAAAUGGAUCAGCUGAUGACGGAGAUUGAAAGGGUCGCGCGCACAGUCGAGAUGCAAAUGCAUAUGAAAGACUUACUUCUUAACAUGAUUGAACUCAGAGUAACGGACUGGGGACGAGCACCCACUUCCCCAGUAGUUCGGGAAAGUCAUGCGGUGAGUAGUCAGCCAUCUAAUCCGCAAAUGGGAGUAUACUAUGGGCCCGACGGUCAAGCUCUAACGGCUGAGGAGACGGAGUUUCUUGACCAAGGAAUUAAUCGCCAUGAAGAUGAAGAAGAAUACGAGUAUGCGUAUGAGGAAGAUACCGGGAUGGAUGAUGAGAUGGCUGAAGCUUUUGAAAAAUUCCUCAUGAUGCAGGAUGCGUUGAAAUAGAUCGCGACAAGUUACUCGUCAUGUUUUAAGGACCAUUUCGAAUGUGUAAUUAUUCUGUUUCUAUCAUCUUUGCUGAUUCAUCAAAGUAGGGAGAUAAAUAAAGAUGAAUAUCCCCACCCAUAA